AUGAUGAGAACCAUCGAGCAGACUCCGCCGAAUUACUCGACUAUCAAUGACGAGGUUUGUUUCGUUUCGUUUCUCUCUUUUCGCCUCUUCUUAUCAUUUGGGUCAUUUCAUUGAUAAUCACAUCACUCUGAAACUUCUCUGACGUCUUCUUCUCUCCGACAAACGAGAGCUUUUCCGAUGCGUUCAGUCACGGCUCACUUCCGUUUCCUUCUGCGUUUCGAUUCUCUCGUUUUUGUAUGACAAAGUAUUACGAAAGUGUGGCACGUACAUACGAAAAUAUUGUCUUCUCCUCCUCCGCUCUGCCUUUUUAGCCAGGUACAUACCACACGCAUAUAAAUUACGUACAAUAGCGGGGACGAGGUGUCUGACUCACUGCCCGGGUCCUAUUCAGAACCGUCCCUCUCCCUCCGUGCGUCCGAAGAGAAAAAGUCUCUCUUCUUCGAAAAAUCACUUUGUUGCGCUUCCUUCCUUCCAUUUUUGUUGAGGGGUUUGUCGGGCCUCGACGAAAAGACGGCUAAUCAAUGGUGAUAAUCAGUGUGCGAGAGCGUGCGCAGGAUCGAGAGAGUGCGAGACAUCGGGAUGGCCGGGUCGAGAGAACGGACGCCCAGAGAAGACGGUGUAUUAAUUAAUGGCACUGGUUUUUUUUUUGGAAUCAUCGGGAGGGCAAGAGAAUCAGACAAUCACAGACCGCUGCAUUUUUAAGAUUCCGAUUUCUGCAGAGUUCUCAAUUACUCAUGAUGUUUCAGGAAUGGUCGGACAUUUACGAGUUUAUCAAAAGAGACUCCAGCCGACAGACUGUCCCACUUAUCGAGGGUGAGUCAUUCGGUUUCGUCCGACUUUGAAAUGAGUUAAGGUUUCAGGACUCGACCACCGUCGUCCGGCCUUUUCUCCGCUGGUCACUCCGAAUCUCAACUCUGCGGGAACCGUCAAGUCCCGGUUCGCCCACGUGCACGUGCCGGUUCGAGAGCCUCCGUGCAUGCAGCUCCCGCCGCCAGGACCACACUUUCAGGCGCCUCUCUCUCCGCAUCCCGUUCCCGCCCCGGUUCCUGAAUACAGUCCUCCUCACCCACCACCGAACUAUCAGUAUCAGGAUAUCUACUACCACCCCCAUCCGCCACCAAUCACUUCCUGCUAUGACGUGGCAACCACCUCAUACGGAAAUCCUCCGUACUACACCGAAGUGGCCACUCCGAUCGCUCCGGCUCCAGUCAUAACUCAUCAUCAACUGAGCCCACCGGCCAUCAAGAGCGAGACGCCUCCGUCGAGUCCGGAGACCAGUUGCCUGGGUCCGAUCGCUUCCCAGUUGCCGAGUAUCAACACUGAAGUUCCCCUGGCACGGUAAGCAUUUUCAUGUCACAUUCCGUAGACCGAUGUUAUGAUUGCGAUUGCCAAAGUGUUUUCCUCCCACCGGAUCAUCCGUCCGAAAUCUUUGAUAGAAUGCGCGAAAAAAGGGGGGAGAGAGAGAGAGAAAGACUUGAAUCGAUUAGCUGUUUACAACCAUAUAAAUCAAAAGCAAUUUCGUCUUCAAUCUUGGGUUUGGCGGCAAUAUGAAAAGAGCGAAGUGCGCCACCCGUUGCCCGACUUCACCUUGUCAUGCAAAUCAGUGCAUUUGGAUGCGUGCGCGGGCGGUCGUCACAAGCUCACAGUGGGCGGUCUACUGCUGCCAUUUUCCCUCGUUUUGCGCCAAAUUGCCGAAAGGAAUCUGGUUCAACCAACAAGGAAAUGUCGAAAGUUGAAAGGCUUCGGGAGAGAAGAAGUGCGUGGGUGAGGGACCGGUGCCACGUAAUAGACUGCUCAAACACUCUCAAUGACUCGAAAUCCAGUUGGGUGCAUGAUUAGUCACCCGCUCGAGUCUAUUUCUGCCACCCCCGCGGCUGCUGCUAACAGUUUCCAUGUUUGUUGACAUAAUACUUCUUUUCCUUCGGCGCCCCGACACGGUCAACGAUCAGCUUAGUGGGGGCCGCCGCGUUCCGCAAAAGAAUACAGUCACAGAUAAUCAAUGAAGUCGCGGUGACGCGGAGAGCGCGUUUCGCACCUUUCCAUUCCGAAACGGUCGCACAUUCCAGAAGGCCUCGCGGGCUCCCCCUGGAAGUUUUUGGAAUCCCUUCUGAAGAAUUCACUAAAAGAAUUCUCUACUUCAGGGUCAUACACUUCAUGUUUCAUUAUUUAUCGCCGCGCAAACAACAACCCGCUGCUUGUCAUCACGCUUCCCUUUUUAUCAUCUCUGAUCACCAACGAAUUCGAUUACAGACUACCGCACUACGAACUCGAUUCAACGCGCUCUUCGCCCUCCUCCACUUCCGAUGACACGUCCUGUGAGCGAUCUCCGCCGCGCAAAUCACGUCUCAAAAACGCAAACCCUGAUAAGAACAAGGUCGUGCACGCAUGCACCUAUCCGGGAUGCUUCAAGAAGUGAGAACCGAUAAGCGUGGAUUAACAUUUGUGAACCGUUCCGUUGCAGGUAUUCGAAGUCGUCGCAUCUGAAAGCUCACGAGCGGACGCAUUCCGGAGAGAAACCGUUCGUUUGCAAGUGGCAAAACUGUUCUUGGAAGUUCGCGAGAAGCGACGAGCUCACCCGGUAACUAAUCCUAAACACCUUUCAUUUCUUCAUUUCUAAUCUCUUUCAGGCACAUGCGAAAGCACACCGGAGACAAGCCAUUCCGCUGCAGUCUCUGUGAUCGUAACUUUGCCCGUUCGGAUCAUUUGAGUCUUCAUAUGAAACGUCAUAGCACCAUCUAG